AUGGCGUGUCAACCUAAACGCUCCGAAACCGUCGUAAUCCACGAGUUUCUGGCCUUUGUUCAACAAAAAUUGGACGUCAUGGACCAGGUGUCUCUGGAGCAGACACUGAUGACAAGUUUCACCGAGGACGAGAUCAUCCAAGCGACGAAGGUGUUAGCAGAUUCAGCCGUGACCCAAAUCCGUCUUAUCACACGUCACAGGGAUGGACGCGUUGACUCACUUAAGGAAAAGUGGAAAAACGUGAAGGAUCACUAUCAAAAAGAACUCAGGAAGAUACCUCAACCACGUUCAGGAGAUCCUGGUACUGAGUUUAAAUCGACAUGGUAA